GGUCGAGAAAAGUGAAUUCACGACCUAUCUCCAUAUCCACUUGUUCCUUUGCAAAUCUGGCUCGAAUAAAGUCUUUGUCAUGAUCACUUGAAAGUGUAAUUGAUCUCAGAUGUUCCAUUUAAUCUCAUGAACCUUCAGUCUCACUCCUCUCUCCAUCGCAAUCAUCCUUGGAUUGUCCAGAACACCCAAUGGGUCGUCCUGAUCGAUAGUGUGGAUGGUCAGGCUGGCCAUGAUCAUAUCACGCCUUUAGCCUUUUUGGUACAUGCCCAGCAGUACCAGAAGCAACAAGAAAACUCAACUGCUAUUCUCACCAGAUCUUGCAAGUUUGGAAUGACGAUCCGCAAGGAAGCGCGCUCCCUAUCGACCGACGACAACCCUUCCGUGUCGCUCGAUUCUGCUCAACCACCGUCGACCCAGACACCAGUCCCGUCGACCGAUUAUCGCUCACCCUGGUCGACCGAGAACACAAACCUUCUGUCGACCGACAUCCUUCAUCCGACAGACAUUCCAUCUCAGACAUCGAUCGAUACUGAGCCGCGAGACAUGGUUGCGCCUUUGAUACUUGUUCGGGACAACAAUGGAGACCUACAUGACCAGGAGGGUCAUCUGCGUAAUGCAGCAGGUCAGAGAAUAUAUGCUCAGGGGGCUGCAAUCCCUGAGCCUGAUGCUACUACGACAGGUACUACCUUACCGGUAGAUGAGGCUGCGCAACCCAAGACGCUGGCUGACUAAAACCGUCCAGAUCGCUACUACACCAACAGACCAGCC